AUGGGCGGAUGGGGUAAUGGAGGGUGGAUAUGGGGUGAUUUUGGUUUGGAGGGGAAUAACCAUUCGGUUGAUGUGGGGGAGUUGAGAAAUUUCGUGGACGGGUCGGAAGGGCGGAAUGAGGGGAGGGAUGGGGUGGAGUGGUUCUACAAUGAGGAGACGGACUUUUCGGUGGCUUCUUGUUACUCCUUUCUUUUGAAGCGACUCACUCCUUUCGGUCCUCCUAACAAAAGUGACGAAGCUUUUGGCCUUUUGUGGAAAUUGGAAGUGCCUUUCAAAAUCAAAGCUUUCGGAUGGAGACUUUUUCUCAAUAGAUUACCUACAAAGGAUUUGUUGUUGCUUAGAGGUAUCUCUCUUCCUUUAGAUAAUAUUGCUUGUUCCUUUUGUGGUGUUGAUUUAGAAAAGUGUAGGCAUACUUUUUUUGUUUGUGGGGUGGUUAAAAGGAUUUGGAAUGAUAUAGCUUCUUGGGUUGGUAUGGGAAAUAUGGUGGAGGAUGAGUGUUUACCAAGUUUUAUGGAGUGGCACUCCUUCUUUAUAUUCAAGAAAGUUAAGAGGUGUAAAUUGGGUGUGGUUUGGUUGGCGGUUACUUGGUGUCUUUGGUUAGCUAGAAAUGGAGCGUGUUUCCGGAACGAUGGUUGGAGCGUCAACAACAUCGUUUGGAACAUUAAAUUCACGGUGUGGAGAUGGUCUUUUUGCGGGAUUAUUACCGUUACCAAUUACAAUUUUUACGAUUUUUGUAAGGACCCUUUGUUGUUCCUUUCGUAA